AUGAGUAAGCUUUCGGGUGAUACAAUCCGAGAAGCUGUGACGACCAUAAAGAAUGGUGUGCAGGAGAAGCCACGCAAGUUCACGCAGACUAUUGAGCUUCAGAUUGGGUUGAAAAACUACGACCCACAAAAGGAUAAGCGCUUCAGCGGCUCUGUCAAGUUGCCUCAUAUUCCCCGUCCCAAAAUGAAGGUUUGCAUGCUUGGAGAUGCUCAGCAUGUGGAGGAGGCAACGUCCAUAGGUUUGCAAUGGAUGGAUGUUGAAGCAUUGAAGAAGUUGAACAAAAAUAAGAAAUUGGUAAAGAAGCUUUCAAAACAGUACCAUGCCUUUUUGGCCUCUGAGUCUGUCAUCAAGCAGAUUCCACGUCUUUUAGGCCCUGGUCUCAACAAGGCAGGCAAGUUCCCCACCCUUGUUACCCACCAAGAGUCGCUAGAGUCUAAGGUUAAUGAGAUCAAAGCAACUGUGAAGUUUCAAUUGAAGAAAGUUCUGUGCAUGGGUGUUGCUGUUGGGAACUGUGAUAUGGAGGACAAGCAGAUCUUCCAGAAUGUGCAGAUGAGUGUCAAUUUCCUCGUCUCACUUUUGAAGAAGAAUUGGCAAAAUGUGAAGUCCCUGCACCUUAAGAGUACGAUGGGUACUCCUGUUCGCCUCUACUAA